AUGGACUGGGAUAAAUCGUUGCUGGAGACUCUUGCCUCGACUAUAGACAGGCUUGAAAGCAAGCGUAAGGCUCUUGAAGAAACAAAGAAGCUGUAUGUGCAAUUGGCACUGGCACUAACCCAAGAUAAUGAUUCACAUAUGGUUCAUUUAGGAGGAGACUAUUUUGUUCAAAUGAAUCAUGAAGACGCCAAACUGUUUGUGGAAAGACGUCUGCACGAGUUGGCUUCAACCAUCACCGAGUUUGACUCUCAAUUACAACAUGCGAAGGAAACCAUGUCUCAUUUGACCAAGUUUGAGCAAGUAUCCAACGAGCCAGUAGAAGAAGAAGAAGAACAAGAAGUUGCCACCAACAAUGCCAAGGUGAAUGAAGAAGGAUUACCGUAUGUAGAUAUUGUUGAAGAAUUAGAUGAGGAUGGGAACGUGAUCGGAGUCAAACUAAACGAUGAGAAUGUUUCUAGUGACGUUGAACCAGAAGCUAGCCAAAAGAUUGAACCUGUGAGUGACACGGAGUUUCAUCAGAACCAUAUUGACGAUACUGAUGCCCAACAAGAGAUAGCAGAUUUGAUUUCAGAUAUGGAACUUGCAACCCCCAGUGCUGCUGAACAGAUUUUGUUUGCCAAUUCGCUAUUGGACAAGAUUGAUCAGCUUGAGAUUUCUGCGGAUGAUAAGUUCCGUCUCAAGCAAGAAUGCAUGGAGCAGUUUAGUCAGAAACGUAGUAUUGAUGCCAGUGACCUUUAUGAGUUGGAAAUGUUUGACCAGAUGGCUGAAGAUGAAGAAGUUGGUGAUGAAAAUAUGAGUGGAGAAUUUGGUGAUGAUUGGGAAAUUGAAUUUGAUGAUGACGAGGACGAAAAUGAGGAAGACGAAGAUGAUGUUGAAGAAGUAAAGUUUUUCAAGAAUCAUGAUAAGGGGAAUUCAAUGCUUUGGGAUCAAAUACAGAAAUUAAGAGAUGCAAAGAAGAAUGAUAUUGAGAACACUGUAGAUGAACAUAAAGAAGCAAGCAGUAACAAGAAGAAGAAAGGUGUUAAGUUUGCUGACAAGGUGGAUGUUGUGCCAAUAGAGAAUGUAAGUGAAGAGAUGAAGAAUAUGAACAUUGGACGAGUGAGUCGGUUUAAGUUAGCUCGAAAUAGAUAUAAGGAGAGUGUUAUUAAAGAUGUUCAUGAAACUCCUGUUUCUGACAUAAUAGAGAAUGAAGUUUCUGAACCAUCAGAUACAAAGGAUGAACCUGUUUCGGAUAUAGUUGAACGGGGCGACUUUAAUCCGCACGAAGUGGUGAUGAUGCCAUUAAUAAACUCAAAUAGAAAGCAAAUGCCCACAAUUGAACGAGAUAAGAGCAAGAAUCCAGAACAAUCAGAUGAAGUGGAUAGCCCGGUGGAAGCAUUCCGUUUUACAAGUGAACCAGAGCAAAAACCAGUCACAUCAAGAUUUAAACAAGCAUUAGUGAACAAGAAAUCAAUAAUACCUACCAUACAGAAUGAACUAGAGGAUGAGGGUGAAGUCAAUGUUAAACCUAAAGUUGUCAAGCUUGAUUAUGGAGGAGACUUAGAUGCUAUGGCUCAAGCUUAUGUUAUGGGAAUGUAUGAUGAGAAUGACGAUAAUGGAAUGCAACCUGAUCUUGAUGCCACAAGAGGUGACUAUAUUAUUUCAUCUAUGUCAGAUUUAGAUAGACAUAAUAAAGUGGUUGAUCUGGGAAAAGCACGGGAUAUUGAUCAAGGUGAAGAUUUCGGUUUCAUGGACAACGAUGACGAUGCCUCGGAAUCUGAUGAAGAAAACCGUCCCAUUGUAUCUGAACAAGUUCUAGAGAAUGAUUGGGAAGAUCAACCAAUGGAUGAUGAUGAUAUGAAUGAAGAUUAUGGGUUAUCCAACGAUGUAUUGGGACAAGAGGUACGUCAAGAUUAUCAUCGUUUACGACAAAAGUUCGCCUAUGAGAAUCAAGGAACACAAGCUACCGAUGAAGAUAAGGAGUUUGAGCCGGUUUACGCCGAAGGAGAUCGUAAACCAAGUAGGUUUAAACAGAUGAGGAUGAAGAUGUCCGGGUAA